AUGUUGAAGUUUCUAUUAAAGUUCAAUAGACCUGCUGCCAAACGGUUGGUAAAGACACCGAGUCUUGCAUUUGAUGGAAGAGGAAAACCGUUGAAGGCAGCGUUCCCGGCCUUUACGGUUCCAAAGAAAUAUGUUCCAUAUGCACAGUUAGCCGCUCUCUCUCUCGUUGGGUACAGUCUUUGGUGGUACUACUAUCCACAUAAUCCGUUUCCGAAAUCUGUCGCUAAAUUGUUAAGAAAUGGAUUAUGGCAAGAGAGGAAAUUUCAGGAUUACGAGACUGGAUUAAGGUUUUUCAUAGAUGCUCUCGAAGAAUGUAAGAGGUUAGAAAUGGACCCGCUUUCCGAUGGGUACACUGGAAUUGAGAUCAAAAUUGCUGAAAUGUACGAAAAGUUGAAUUUGAAACAGAGGGCUAACACCGUAUACUUUGACAUUUUGAAGCGAAUCGACACUGCAUUGAAACAGAACACGGUAGAAUCCGAACAAAAACGUGGGGAACUCAUAAAGAGAGAUCUAAGCUGCAUUGUAAAAGUUUUUGAAAAUCAAGAGGGUUGCACGAAGGAACCCUCUUCUGCUGCUCCACGAUAUUUGCAGUACCAUCUGGAUUUAGUUCAGGAUGAGAUCUUCAAAAAAGAUCCUCAACUGAAGGAAUUGGUAACAAAUACAGAUAAUAUUGCUAAAUUGAGAACGAAGAGGGAUAUCCCUGAUAUGAAACGAUAUCGACACAUCCUUGAACCUUUCAAAGAGGAGUUUUUUGCCACGAGAGACUUACACACCGAACUUUGUCUAAAGGCAAAUGACAUCGAAGAAGCAUUAUCAUCCAAAUUGGUUACUGUUGGAUGGAUGGUGCUGGGAAAUGUGUCACCUGGCAAGAUUCUGCUAUCCCAGGCAAAUCUUGGCUCUUUGCUAUACUUGAAAUCCGAAAAAAUGGAAAACGCAUUGUACACAUUGAAAAAACAGGGAGGUGAUCCUGACGCCAUUUUAUUACUACAAAAUAACCAUGAUAACUUUAUGAGUAUGGCAACAAGAUAUUACGAAAAUGUCAUUGCCGGCGCUGGUCGAACCGAAAAAGCAGUCAUUGCAUCCAGAAAUGUUGAACCAGAGACCCUACAAGCCAUUACGCUGUCAUUAUACGGCCUAGGUGUUAUUAAACUGCACAGGGGAAAUCCCAUGGAAGCAAAGAUGCUACUAAAUGAGGCCAAAACCAUGGCCACAGAGAUCGGUUUCCAAGAUUUGUGUUUUGAAGCCGACAGAGAGUUGUCUAGGAUAAGGGAGGGCGUUUAA